AUGGCUAUGACAGGACUGUAUAAAAUGGGUGAUGGAAGCAACUAUGCAACUAACUGCUUCCCUGCCAGGAACAUUUUACGUGCAAGUAAAGCAGGUGACGCCCUGCCAGGGUCUGGGCGCUGGGUGCUGGCAAGCAGAGCUACCCCGAGGGCUUGGACCGGGAAAGGAAACACCAGGAAGGCACCACAGCAGAGGAGACAACCCCCAGAAUUUGCCUUCAUGGAAGAAAAUAAUGAAGCCAAUGUCCUAGAUGAGCCGUUUCUGAUGAAGCACCACUGUUUGAAGAACCCCUCUGACCUGUGCUCUGUGAACAUAAGCAGCCAAAAUCUGAUCUCUGCUAAAGAAGAUGAUUUUGAGAAAUUUGAUUGCGUUGCUUUUAUAAAUGCUGCUGAGAACCUGCUGACACUAGAGCCGUUUCGGAAGUUUCCAGGACUGCGGGAACUGGAACUUUCCUUGAAUGGACUGAGAAAUCUGAAAAUCACCGCUGGAGACUUCCUGCAUUUGGAAGAUCUGGAUCUCUCCUACAAUAACUUAUCCCCCCAGGACAUUUGGACACUGGGAGAUUUGUCCCGGCUCAAAGUCCUUCGCUUGACGGCCAACGGGCUUCGGUCUCUGCCUCCGGAUCUGGCAGGCUCGUGGGACUCUGCUCAUUUAAGGUUUCCGUCUCUGGAGGUCCUGUCGCUGGAUGACAAUCGUCUGUCAGACCCGAGCGUCUUUGUGAGCCUGUCUCAUCUCUGCAGCCUGAGGGAGCUGAAUCUGGACAGGAACGGGAUUUCGGCUGUCCCCUACCUGUACCAAGCAGAGAGCAGGCAGUUCUUCCUCCACCCCAUGCUGGACGGCGACAGCUUCAGGGCAGAGUGGUACAAGUCCCUGAGCAGCCUCUGGCAGCAGCCCCGGCUGCCGCAGCAGGAGGACACGGAGGGGGUGCCAGCAGAGCUGGAAGCGAAGAAAGGACAGCUUGAAUAUGUCGUGUUACAGAACGACAGGGAUCCAGACAGGACGGAGGUGGUUUUCAAUUCCGGCUCCCAAGAACACCCAGUUGUUCCUAGGGAGGGAGAACCAUCUGGCUCGAAGACUCUGCUGGCUCCCUCCACACGCAGGGACAUUUGUGCUCCCUUUCCUGAACUGAAGCAUCUCAGCCUGGCCUUCAACAAGAUCGCAGAGGAGACAGCUCUCUUACCCGUGGCUUUCUUCCCAUGCCUGAAGGAGCUGACAUUUCACAACAACCCUCUUACCACCACCCGAAGCGGUACAGUAUGAGCCCGGCUCCGCGGGGGGACUCCUGCUUUGUCCCUCCUUCUCACCGUAAGGACCAGUCUCCAGCUGCCGGACCCGACCCCAUGCUGGCACUCGUGGCGGCGUGCACGCAUGUCUUCUGUGUCUGCCCAGGUCACAUCGCAUCUCCCCAAAGUCACGAAGCAGCCACUGAUGCUGGAAGCUCCUGUCAAGGCUUUUCUGUGGAAACAGCUCCCAGCUGCGGUGGAAGCUGUGAGAGAUGCUGCCUUUCCAAGUCCAGCCCAGCCACUGCCCCCCGUCAGCUCCGUGACCCCAGCCGGUGACUGGCAGACAGCGCUGGGGGAAGGGGAAGAUGACCCCAGGCCUCCUCCUAACUCAGCCAAGGAGGACGUUGCAACCUUCUUCAUGACGCAGGUGGAAGAUGUGUCCAGCCCCCUGCUGAGCCCCGUGGCAGAGGGCAAGCUGGAGAAGAGGAGUGAGCAGAGAGGGGAAGAGAGCUCCCAGGUGGUUCCACAGCGAUACAUAGGCUGCUCGGAGCUGCUUGGUGGAGACACAGACCCAGAUUUUAUUGAGCCGGUCGGGAUACAGAAGAACGUGCAGGCACUGUACUAUAUCCUGAAACACCCCCUGGUUUACCGGGACACAAAGCCACGCCUGGACAGCCUACAGAAGCCCUACGUGCCUCGGAAAAAGCAUGGGAGAAUGCCCGGCCCUCCUGCCCGAAAGACAAGAGCAGAGGUCCUGGAAGGAAUCCUGAUGGCCAUGAGAAACACCUCCACCAUCACUGAAGUCCCCUUAGUGUCUGUUUUGCAAAAGAAGAAAUCCAGCCCCAAGGUGUACCGGGAGGCACGGAGGCUGAUGGAGGAAUUCCGGGAGGUGUUUGAGCUCCACCCUGCAACUGUUGGCGAGGAGACGGCCAAGCCAUCAGAUGAGGUGCCGGUGGUAAAAGCCCUUCCUGCAGAGGCAACAUCCAAGCAGGGGAGCCCCGAACAGCUACAGCUGCCAGGGAAGAGAGCGGCCAAGAAGGUGCCCAAAGCUCAGGCUGCAACAUAGCCAGGGGUUGAAUAAAGCCUCCCACACCUCGGUC